GGACUACUAUAAUUUAUGUCCGCGAAGAGUGCUAAGCAUUGUGAUAAAACAAAUUUCACCAUUACUAUAGACUGACUACUUGAGUGUUCAUAUAUUUUUGUGACGCAGGUACUUAUUUGUAAACAUUGUAAUCGUUUUUAAAUUGUCUGUUGAUUUGCGAUCGUACUGUACCAUAAAAUUAUAUCAUAAAUCGAAUUAUCCUUCAGUUUUUUUGGUCGAACACGAAAAGUAUUUAUUAGAUAACAAAUUUGAAAUUUAAAAAUAGGUAUAUCAUAUUUUAAUGAAAAUGAUGUAACGAUGAUGGAGCAGAGAGAAUUUGACGAGGAUGUUAUGCCAAGUGCUAUAGAUGAUGACGAAGACGUGUUCAAAGACUUGUUAAAUGUACCGGCCGAUUGGUCAGCUAAUGAUUGUUUGUCCACUGGUAUUUUCAAUUCAUUUGAUCCCAAUGAAGUGGUAUAUCGGGCCCAAAAAAAACCAUGUAAAACGGUUGGUAAAUAUGUGAUGGGCGAUUUAUUAGGCGAAGGUAGUUAUGGUAAAGUUAAAGAAGUACUCGAUUCCGAAACUCUUGUUCGCUGUGCAGCUAAAAUAUUAAAAAAGAAAAAACUCAAACGAAUACCUAAUGGAGAAAAAAAUGUGCUCAAUGAAAUUCAACUUUUAAAAACAUUGAGACAUUUAAAUGUCAUAGAGUUAGUAGAUGUGAUAGUGAAUGAAGAAAAAGAAAAGAUGUAUAUUCUUUUGGAGUAUUGUGUAGGUGGUCUUCAAGAUAUGCUAGAACACUCUCCAGGAAGUAAAUUUCCAUGCUGGCAAGCCCAUAAUUACUUUAGUCAAUUAAUAAAUGGACUAGAGUAUUUACACAGCCGUGGAAUAAUUCAUAAAGAUAUCAAACCAGGGAAUUUAUUGCUCACACUUGAUGAAACACUUAAGAUAUCAGACUUUGGAACUGCUGAGGCACUGUCACCUUUUGAUCCAGAAGGUAUCUGUGCAUCUAGUCAAGGCUCACCAGCAUUUCAACCGCCUGAAAUAGCAAACGGGGCUGAUGAGUACUCUGGCUUUAAAAUAGAUAUUUGGAGCAGUGGGGUUACAUUGUAUAACUUAGUUACUGGAGAGUAUCCAUUUGAAGGUGAUAAUGUGUAUAGAUUAUUUGAAGCAAUUGGGAAAUGUAAUAUACAAAUUCCAGGCUUUGUGACCGAACCUUUGAGAUCUUUGCUAGUUGGAAUGCUUAAAAAAGACCCAAAGAAGCGAUUUACCUUAAGAACGAUACAAACACAUCCGUGGUUUGUUUGUAGACAUCCAAGAACAUCUGAAAAAGUACCUUUUCCUCCUUUGCGUGGUGAUUUCAUGCAUAACAUGACUGUAUUGCCAUACCUAUUUAACUAUCAUUCAUGUGAAACGCCUUCAGACAACGAAGAAGAAUAUAUAACAGAACAAUUAAUUAAAGAUCGACCGAAUGGGAGUACAUCAGUUCCCAUCGAUGAUGUCAAUGAUCCAUCUAAACGACCUUGGCACAAGCCAAUCAUGUGUAAUGUUAAAAAAAUGGCCUCAUGUCGGUUGUCGUGACAUUUGUCGCUCAUUAUAGUACUGCAUCUUUCAUAUUGUUUUAUAUUAUAACCAUUAUUGGUUGAGAAGAUUUAAUUAUUUUUUGAGGUACACGUGAAGUGGAUGUUUUCUCUUUUAUGGAAUCAAGUCAAGUAUUUGUGUAAAAUAUGUAAUUUCACAACAACAAUGAAAUUAUCCAAGUUAUACUACUUAUUAUUAAAAACUAUUGAACUAAAUAUUUUUUGAAAUGUUUUGACUAUUUAAAGUUUAAUAAUAAUGGAAACCACAACAUUUUUAAUUAGUGUAUAUCUUGUAAAAUUAAAACUACUGUGGGAAAGACUGCUAGACUUGAUGUACUAAGGAGAAAAACUAAUGCUCACAUACCUUUAAUGUUUUGUUUAUUCAUUAUUUACUUUUAUAUAUAUAUAUAUAUGCAAAAAAAAACCUUUUCAUAUUAAAUACAUUUUGUUUGCUUUUUUUAAGUUUAUUUAUAUACAAAUAUUAUAUUAUUCUUUAUACAUAUAAAAAAAAACAAUAAAUCAGAAUAUAAUGAAAGACAAGCUUCUUGGUGUUAUAGUAUUUAAAAUAAAUAAAGUAGUUUGAUGUUAAGAUGUCCAAGCAGAUUAUAGUAAGUAUAUAAAAUCUUUUGUUAUACUGUUUAAUUUCUAUUAUUUAUAAAAUACAUAAAUACAUUAUUGUAUUAUUCAAAUGUUGUGACUCCAAUGUGGUGUGAAUUAUGUGAUUCUAUAGUGCUGAAAUAUAGAUAAAUA